AUGCCCAAUGCAACCCACCAGAAACUACACCAAGCUACACACGCACCUAUUUCCCGGUGUAAAGCAAACCAAAGGCCAGGCAGGAGGCGUUUCAGCGGCCGCAGCCCGCAGCGGGCCGGGCGGAGCGCCCCGGCAGCGGCACCGGCAGGGCUCGCACCGAGGAGGGCGCCGGGACCGCUGCCCCGCGGCCGCUCCCGUCCCGCCCCCGCGCCCCCCGCACGCCCCUCCGGGCACAGCCCCAGCGGCCGGCCCCGGGCCGGCGGCGGAAGGGCCGUGCCGAGCCGGGCGGAGCUACCUCCCGGCCCCGUGCUGCCCCCUAGGGCUCGCCUCCCGCCGCCGCCCGGCCCCGGCGCAGCCCCCGGCUCCCCCCUGCAGCCUUCCCCGCUCUCUGUCUCCGAGCGGCCGCCGGUCCCCCCCCCGGCCCGCGGCGCUGGGCUCGGCUGUCAGCGCCGGCCUCGCCCCGCCCGGAGCGGUGCGGGGAAGCCGGAGGCCCCGGGCACCGCCGGCCCGGCGGGCGAAGGAGAGAGAGGCUCCGGGGCAGGCGCCCGGGCACGGCCCCUCGCGUCCCCCCGCAGCCCGGCGGCGCAGCGCCCGGCCGCCCCCGCCCCGCUGACAGGCGGCCCCCGGCGCCUCCCCCGCGCCGCUCCCUCCUCGCGGGGCCCGAGGCGCGCUCCCCGCACUCGCCUCCCGGCUGCCCUGCCCGCACUCACCGCCGGCUGCCCUCCGCGCUGGCUCCACGGCGAUGCCCCAGCCGCCGCCGCUGGAAAAUGA